AUGGAUACCCAGUUCACAAAAAGCCUAGAAACUCACUCUCCACAUUUAGAUUCAGUUGAUUUACACCAAACCCUAGGAAGGUGUUCUUCACCCAACUCACCUAAACAAAAAGUCCUAGAUGAUCUGGAUCACUUAUCCUCAGUUCCUACACAAUCAAACCUCGAAAAAUCGUCUAAUUGUGAUAAUUUGUUGGCUGAUGGAAGCCCGGAUGAUAAUAAUUUUGAUCCAGCUUUCUUGCUUGAUGAUGAGCCCGAAGAAGAUGACCAUUCGCUUUCGUCUCCGGUUGGUACAUUUCUGGCCUCACAUUGGGCUGAACCCCACGGUUCGGAUGAAGACAUUAAGCCUUCUUUGGUGGGUGCGGGGCUUGCAAAUCUUGGAAACACGUGCUUUCUUAAUGCAGUGUUGCAAUGCUUCACACAUACUGUGCCGCUUGUGCAGGAUAGUAGUGAAGGGUUCUGUGUGUUUUGUGCUUUGCGUGACCACAUUGAAGUUUCAGUAGCUUCUACGGGCCGGGUUGUCUCUCCUUGGAAACUUGUUGACAAUUUGAGCUAUCUUUCAUCUAGUUUCCGAAGAUUUCAACAGGAAGAUGCUCAUGAAUUCCUUCAGUGCUUUUUGGAUAGACUUGACUGUUGUUGUAAUUUAUCUUUCACAAAGGAUACAACACAGGGUCACAACAUUGUGAAGCAGGUUUUUGGUGGUCGUCUCAUUAGCAAAGUAAGAAUUAAGAUGGUGAUUUUUCACUUCUCACCUCAUAAUAUAUUGAUUUAA